GGACGGAGGAAAGUCCGGGUUCCUCGGGCUCUGGCAAAGAGCUCGACACCACAGACCACAUGAUGGACAAGGAGAAGUUCACGGCCUACACUGCAGAGGUUACUGCAGGACUUUGGUCCAUGCUGUGGGCAGCCUCCCCGCAGGAAGCGAACCCAGUGACAAUCACGCCAGAUGCCCUCAACGUGAUCAUGCUCGGCAAGGUGGAGGCCACAUGCCAUGCUCGCGAGAAGCUAGGUUCCACCUUCCAGGUCAGGGCGCUGCCACUCACGUGGGCACAUAUCAACUCGCACAUCGGCCACCCAUGGAACGAGCUCGAGGACGGAGUGGCCGACCAAGCUGCCAAGGGCCUCAGCAUCAGCUACGACAACACCGCGCUGAAGGCAGUCACAGCCAGCAAGCUGCUACCAUGGGAGUGGAGGCGCAACGCUGACGUCAGGCAGGCCGCAGCCUGGCCGCCCAUGGUCGACGGCCAGCCCGUGGUCCCCGCCACCCAGCCCAAGGCUGGCCCAGAGGCGGUACAGCGGCUUCAGCGAGACGCCCAGAUCAAGGCGGAAGUGUUCCUGGAGCUGUGCACCUACAACUCCAGGCUGCACCCAGCAGCCCAGUUCGCCGACAUGGGCGUUCACGUGGCUGCCCUUCAGGAGACCAGCUCGGACGGCGAAGUGAAACGAGUGGGCCAGUACACCUGCGACUCCUCGGGCUGCCAUGGCCUCGGCAAAGGCUGCGACAUCUGGCUCAACACGACCCUGCCGUUCACAGUGCAAGAAUCGGACCGCAUCGUGGUUCUAAGAACCAAAGUCCUCAUCGCCGAGAUCACCAUCGCAUCAGUAGAUGCGCCGCACGACGAGACGGAGAGGGCCAAGAAGGACGAAUUCUGGGACCACCUCUCCCGCCUCACCAGCGCCUACUCCAUCGACAUCGUCAUGGGCGACAUGAACGGAAGAAUCAGCGAGACUACCAGUGAAUGGGUAGGAGGCGGUGGCUUCCCAGAGCCCAUGAACGAGACGGGAACUAGGCUGUUCAACUUUGCAGCGGCGCACCAUCUCGAGAUAAGGACAAAGGACUUCAAGCGCGGACUCAUCACUGACAACCAACCCAGCAAGCUCUACGCCCACGCUAAGUCCACCAUCACCGAUGGGACAUUAAGAGAGGUUGCCAACUACAUCACGGCGGAGCCCGACACCAUCAGUGACACCAUCUACCGGCUCCAGACAAGAGCGGCUAACUUCAUCAGCUGGGCCUCUCUGCCGUCAGAAUACAGACUGGCGCUAUGCGCCUUCAUGCUCGAGACAGGCCCCCUGCUGGCCUACGUUAUCGAGAACGACCGCUGCAAAUUCCUGCCCACCCUAGCGGCUACAGCAAAGGACGCCCGAGCGAAGAACGACGCCUACCGCCAAUGGCAACAGCACCAAGCACUUCUGCGCUUCGGAGGCAAGAAGGCUCGCUACAAGGUGAUCAUGGCCCAACAGUUGGCCGACAAGCACAACCAGGACAGCGACAGCAGGCUCUUCAAGGGCGAGCUGCAAAUCGAGGCGACGAUGCCCUCCAGAGUGUGCUGCUACCAGAUGCCCUCGGCGGCGCCAGGAGACACGGUAGCCAUCCUCAAGGGCAAGGGCGAGGAGCGCACGCUGCAAGCCCACAGGGAGAUAUUGUUGAACAAUGUGCUGGGCAAGCAUCACCACAUGUUCUUGCGGACGGUGCUCAGCGGCUGCCUUGCCCAGAUACUGGAGGGCAUCCAGACAGGCGGCCGACCAAGGCGCGAGGCAGACACGACGGUCCUCGCGACAAGGCUUUUUAUGGAGAGGGCCAAGAGGCAGGGACGAUCAUGCGUUGCGGGCACGUACGACCUCCAGGAAACAUUCUACAGCGUGCUGCUGCAGUUCAUCCACCAGGUGCCUGGGGAAGAACACGACAUGGAGGACAUCCUCAGCAGCGUCGAGGUGCCCGCGUGGAUCGCGCCGCAGCUGCAGCGACUCCUCGAAGCUCCUGGGCCCCUCGACAGCACGACGGAUUUCUCCCACUG